CGCAGCCACCCGGCUAUAAAAACCGGCAGAUCCCUGAAAGGUGCGGAUGCUUAUUAUAGACCGACGCGACACCAGCGCCCAGAACCAGGAUCUCCACCGCGCCUUUUGGAGCGAGCUCCUCAAAUUGAAUUCACAUUCUGAGGACACAGACAGAAAGGACCUUUCGAAAGCUGAGACUAUCCCCCGGGGCCAUGGACUCGGACGCCAGCCUGGUGUCCAGUCGUCCGUCUUCUCCAGAGCCCGAUGACCUUUUUCUGCCGGCCCGGAGCAAGGGCAGUAGCGGCAGCGGCUUCACAGGCGGCACCGUGUCCUCGUCCACGCCGAGCGACUGCCCGCCAGAGCUGAGCGCCGAGCUGCGCGGAGCCAUGGGCGCGGCGGGCGCGCACCCCGGGGACAAGCUGGGCGGCAGUGGCUUCAAGUCCUCCUCGUCCAGCACUUCAUCGUCCACGUCGUCAGCGGCUACGUCGUCCACCAAGAAGGACAAGAAACAGAUGACUGAGCCGGAGCUGCAGCAGCUGCGUCUCAAGAUCAACAGCCGCGAGCGCAAGCGCAUGCACGACCUCAACAUCGCCAUGGACGGCCUGCGCGAGGUCAUGCCGUACGCGCACGGCCCGUCGGUGCGCAAGCUCUCCAAGAUCGCCACGUUGCUCCUGGCGCGCAACUACAUCCUCAUGCUUACCAACUCGUUAGAGGAGAUGAAGCGACUGGUGAGCGAGAUCUACGGAGGCCACCACGCCGGCUUCCAUCCGUCGGCCUGCGGCGGUCUAGCACAUUCGGCUCCGCUUCCCGCCGCCACCGCUCACCCGGCGGCCGCGGCUCACGCAGCGCACCAUCCGGCAGUGCACCACCCCAUUCUGCCCCCAGCCGCGGCCGCCGCAGCUGCCGCCGCGGCCGCCGCCGCGGUGUCCAGCGCCUCUCUGCCCGGCUCCGGGCUGUCAUCGGUCGGCUCCAUCCGGCCUCCGCAUGGCUUACUCAAGUCUCCGUCGGCGGCCACAGCAGCCCCGCUGGGGGGCGGGGGCGGCGGCAGCGGAGGCAGCGGUGGCUUCCAGCACUGGGGAGGCAUGCCCUGCCCCUGCAGCAUGUGCCAGGUGCCACCGCCGCACCACCAUGUGUCGGCUAUGGGCGCCGGCAGCCUGCCGCGCCUCACCUCCGACGCCAAGUGAGCUGGUCGGUGCCGGAGCGUUCGAGAGCGGGGGUGCCCGGAGGGCGCGGGGAAGCGAGAGGACUGGCCGGCGCUGUGGCUCGAGAGGAGGGGCGCAGGACCAUGGGCAAGGGGGUGGGGAAUGAUUGGGACUCCAGCACCCGGGAAUCGAAGUAAUGGGAACGCGCAGAGCAGUGGGGAGUGAGGGGCGCUUGACUCCAGGACCUGGUACAGCCCUCUGGCUUUAAACUGCGCAGAUCUGGUAGACACUACUUUAUAAAAUGGCACCGCCAUGUGCGUCCUUCACUCGAACUCCCUCUCCCCACCCAGGGGGAAAGAGUCUAAAAACUGUUUCCCCUCGAGCACGGUUUCACUCACUGACUGGACCCAGGCAGCACUUCGGGGCGGGGGUGUGCGGGGGUACAUUCGGGACUUCCUCUCUUUCCUCCUUUCUUGGCUAAUAGGAGACUCUGGGAGCCUCACUGCAGAAGCAACUGGGGGGUCCUCACCCUCAAGGGUCUUCUCUGACCCAGGGCCAGGUGAGUUAGUUGGAAGUUGGUGCUGGUUGGUACCAGAAGCACUUACCGUCGUGUUGGGUAAUGCCCGGUUCCGUAUCUGGGUAAACUCACAUCGUGUAAGACCUGUGGCCAUUCCUGUCUCUUGUUUAUUUGGGGGUUUGUGGUUUUCUAAUAAAUCUGUGAAUGUUCCUUUUUCAACAGUAUGAGCAAGCUUUAUAGACACUCAGAACAGAACCACUUGUGGAGUGAAAUAACCCAAACUGCCGAUUUAGGGAACGAGGGUGUUUUUUAGGUAUUAUUUAAAAGUGAAAACUAGCCCCCCCCCCUUCCAUUCUUUCCGUCUUGAGCACAGAAAGUGAUUUGUUUUCUUACGCGAUUGGGGACAGUUAUUUUGGUACCCGAGGGUUUGGCAGAACUAAAAGGAAGUUGCUGUGAAUAUAGCUUGAGUUACUGGGGUUCUGUUAGUUGUUUAAUAAUUUCCUUCUGGGAGGUGUAAAUACAGUAUCAGUGAUGAGGUAAGUGCACGAUGCUAAGCUGUUUGCUCACGUGACUGCCAGCCCCUCCGGAGUCUGAGCCGGCUUUCCUCUCUGUAUCGGUUUCUUUUUGCCACGUUUAACUCAAAUGGCAAACUCCUCCACGUGCUUCCUGUCGGUGCAAAUCGCCUGGCGCUGGCUGCGUGGCAAUAUGGGCUUCAUAUCCUCUGCCACAUAACACCCUUCCUCUGAUUACGCUGCCCUAGCAGAGAGUGUAUCAUCUGUUUUAUUUUUGUAAAAAAAAAAAAAAGCACUAAAUAAUAUUUAUUAUUUGUUUGGUUGCAGAAAACGAAAUAAAUGAUCGAGUGUUGAGAUUUUAAAUAAAAUUUAAAGUAAAUCGAACUUUUUCAUCCGUGUGAGUGGGAAGGUGCUCAGGGAGCCCUGGGGAAAGGGGUAAGGGCUGCGAUUCUUCUGGGCAGGAUUUGGAGAGCAUCCCGCUGGUUUUGCCAGGAGAAAGACAGGGAGGGGGGUUGUUUGUCAACCCCCCCUCCCCCCCUCCCCACGCACCCAUUUGGUUUAAAUAGGCUUUGAGCACAUCUUCCGGGUAUUUAUCACAACUUGCUUUAACUUUUAUUUUCUCAUACCUAACCCAGGAACUCCCUUGCUCUUCAGUUGAGUCUUGCAAGUUCAGGAGUGCAAAUUUCCUUCCUGGGGUUUCAGGGUGA